UGGGUGUGGUGGAAGCUCAGCAUGCUAUAAGAAGCAUGUGGGCAUUGAGCAAACAGUGUGAGUUGGAGCAGCGGCAGGAGAAGCAAUAUGGGAGAGCUGCGUGUCCGCUCUGCUCUGGUGACUGGAGCCAACCGGGGAAUCGGCCUGGGGCUUGUCCAGCACCUGCUGGCAUUGCCAAACCCACCCGAGUGGGUCUUUGCAGGCUGCCGGGACCCCAAGGGACAGCGAGCGCAGCAGCGUCGGGGAGCGCCUCAAGGGCUCGGGGCUGAACCUCCUCAUCAACAACGCUGCCAUUCUGAAGAUGAACUCACUUGACACUGAGACACUGAAGGACAUGUCCCAGGUGUACACGACCAACUCCAUUGCACCCCUGCUGCUGAGCCAGGCGUUCCUGCCCCUGCUGAAGAAGGCAGCCCAGGGGAGCCCGGGCUCAGGGCUGAGCUGCAGCAAGGCAGCCAUCGCCAACGUGUCCAGCAUUGGGGGUUCGAUCACAGAAAUGUAUAUGUGGGAAACUGCACAAUGCAUUGCUUAUCGCUGCAGCAAGGCUGCUCUGAACAUGCUCACCAGGUGCCAGUCCAUGGGGUACCGGGAACACGGCAUCCUCUGUGUCGCUCUCCAUCCCGGAUGGGUGCAAACAGACAUGGGGAGCUCAGCCGGACAUGUGCCCCCGGUGACGGUGGACGCGAGCGCAGGAGGGAUGCUGAAGGUGCUCUCCUCCCUCUCCGAGAAGGACACCGGGACCUUCCUGGACUGGGAAGGGAACGUUGUGCCCUGGUGAGGUGCUGGCCCAGCCUCGUGCCUGGAUCCUUCCAGUGGCCCCUCUGCUGCUGCCUGACCUCUGCUUCCCCCUCAAUAAACGCAUAUCUGAGAGCA